UAAGAUGGUCGACCAGCGAAACAAAUAGAGCGCCGUUGUAAAUAACAAACCGUUUGAGCACGUUUCGAGACGGUAUUUCUUUAAAGAACAGCCGGUGCACGGUACUUUGAAAGCGCCUCGGUCUCGGUGCUUCGUGUUCCCACGGUGUGGAAUCGUGCGGGCAACGGGCAACGUGGGGUCGCGCAUUCCAAGCCACGAUUCACCGUUGAAUGCGUCACGCGUGUCCACAAGCAUCGAACAGAAUAGUCAAAGAAGAAACGAGUUGAGAAUCGCACGUUGCCAGGAUGCAAUUGCGAAAGCGAGGUUACCUCGCGUUACAUCUCCGCUUACGGCUCGCCUAGCUCCUCAUGCUAGUCUCGUCUUCCGAAUUGCUUGGAACACAGCAUGAAGGAGAUGCUUGGAGGGUGCUGCGUGUGUUCUGACGAGAGGGGUUGGACUGAAAAUCCACUGGUGUAUUGUGAUGGCCAAGGUUGUACAGUUGCUGUACACCAAGCUUGUUAUGGUAUCGUUACGGUACCUACGGGACCAUGGUACUGCAGGAAGUGUGAGUCGCAGGAACGUAGUGCCCGUGUACGCUGCGAAUUAUGUCCAAGCAGAGAUGGUGCUCUUAAGAGAACCGAUCAAGCUGGAUGGGCACAUGUGGUUUGUGCGCUUUAUAUACCUGAAGUUAGGUUUGGUAACGUGACAACAAUGGAACCAAUUAUUUUGCAAUUGAUACCAUCUGAAAGAUUCAGUAAGUCAUGUUACAUUUGUGAAGAACAAGGAAGGGGUAGUAGAGCAAAUGUGGGAGCCUGUAUGCAGUGCAACAAGACUGGCUGCAGGCAGCAAUUUCAUGUUACUUGUGCUCAGGCUCUUGGCUUGCUCUGUGAAGAAGCUGGCAAUUAUCUAGAUAAUGUUAAAUACUGUGGAUAUUGUCAACAUCAUUACUCGAAAUUGAAAAAAGGUGGUAAUGUAAAAACAAUACCACCUUAUAAGCCAAUACCCGCUGAUAAUGGUUCGUCAGACUCGUCUCCUGAAAAGGAAGCGGAGACUCCGAUAAAAUCUUCGUCAAGUGGUAAACGAAAGAGUUCAAGUUCCAAAUCAGCUACAAAUUCUAAAAACAAAUCGAAUACUAGUCCAAGUCUAGAAAUAAAUGGCGUUGCUGACGACAAAAGCAGUAGCGGCCGUAAUACACCCAAAGACAACACCACAAAUUCCAGUAAAUUCACCACUUCCAACUUCGUAGAGACGAUCGUCACCCAAUCGGAGAGUGUGUUCGGACAUGACGGCACCGCAUCCACCACAGCCGCGGUGGCCGCCGCUACCAUUAAAUCCGGAUCGAACUCGAGCUCCGGUCACAAAAAUAGUGGACAAACGAAAUCGAAUUCCUCGUCAUCGAACAAAACUUCGAGCCACAGUAAAAAGAGAAAGACAGGGGCGCGAACGCCGACGGUAAUAGGGAAUGAAAAUUCAAAUCAAUCAGUCAGUUCCGAAGCCAGCGGUUCGGUUGUGGUUGCUGUGAGUUCAGUUGUACAGCAAGCUGUAUCGUGCAAUAACGUGCAGACAACCAUAACGGAAGCGACAAGUUUGAGUACGAACACUGAACCGGAAAAGUCGAAAAAAUUAAAGGUGGAGAGCCCCAUUCAGACAUCAUCAAGUACUCCAAUCACCACUGAAGUGACCACCACACCUGUGAUAAUGGCAGUAACGCAAUCCCAAUCAUCGGUUGUUACUCAAUCACCGACAACCACAUCAAAUAGUAUAGUAGUAUCUGUCCCACUGACCGCGACUUCGUUGUCCAAUACGGUACAGAGUGUGGUGACAAGUGCUCCAACGUUAUACCAACAAUUGCAACAGAGUAUCAUAACUACCGCAGCUACUACGGAACCGAGGACGAGUGCUAUGUCGAAUUCUGAAAGAUUUAUAUCUGAAGAAGCACCUAUUAAGAGGUCCCGUUCUCAAUCGUCAGAUAAGCAAGAAAAGCCUCGAAAACCGAAACGUGGAUCAUCGAAUAGUCAACCAGCACUGCCACAAGUACAGUCUCAGACGCAACAACAGCAGUCUCAGCCAGUUUCUUCCGUGGUAACAUCAGUAUCUAGCAGUGCAGUGGUAACAACGUCUAAACGAGGAGGAAGAAGUAAUCAUCAAACUCCUCCACCUGCUGUAACUGUGGCACCCGUACCAUCAAUUAUUCAAGGACCAACAUUGAGCGGUGGUCAUUUUAGUAACAUUAGUUCUGGAUCUGUAAACAACAUGGGACCUACUGUCAAAGAAUCCCCACCCAGCAGUCCUGGCUCUGAGAGUAUGAGCAGUAGUGGACCUGGAAGGAAGAAACGGAAAAACAUCAGUGCUGCUUCUAUAACGCCAACGCCUUCUGCAUCCAGUACUCCGACUCUUACAAACCCAAAAGAAGAAAAGGAUAUAAAAUUAUUCCAGAAUGGAGUUAGUGCACCACAUAUGCUAGGAAAUCAGUUGAACCCAACUUCCACAAUGGCACAAAAAAUGUCUGAUACUCUUACCCAGGAACUUGAAGCACAUUCUAUUUUUACGGAAGCUAGUAAUCCUACAACGAAUUUAGUUGGCCCACAGCUACAUAGUCGAGUGAUUGCAUCUAUACGGUCCAAUCAAACAGGUGCACAGCCUACAUCAUUUUCUUCGGUUUUUAAUGCCACUAACAAUACCAACAGCAACGUCAACAUUAACGCUAAUACAACCAACACCGGUUCUUUGGGCAGUGGAGCAAUACCCCAAACGCUUGACCAACUGUUAGAGAGACAAUGGGAGCAAGGAAGCCAGUUUCUGAUGGAGCAAGCCCAACACUUUGACAGUGAGUUCGCUUCAUUACUUUCGUGUCUUCACCAAUUGAGAGCAGAGAACCUUAGGUUAGAAGAACAUGUAAAUAGUCUUCUGCAAAGGAGAGAUCAUUUAUUGGCUGUGAACGCUAGACUCGCAAUCCCUCUGACGUCCCAGCCUAGUGCUCACCCAGUGAAUAACAUACACCCAACAGUCAACCCAUCGCACCCUAAUGUUCCACAUCCCGAAGUCCCACCAGGAGCUGCGGCCCCUGUUCCGAGGGUGAGCAGGGAAACACGAGUGAACAACACGUACAUGCCACACUCGAGCUCCAGUAAUCAUUCUACGACGCUAGAAAAUGGACUGCCUCCGGAUCCGUCACCUCCAGCUGCAGCUUCACUUCCACAGUAUCAACACAGGACGUCAUUAGUCGCACCCCAACCAAGUCCAACGAUCAGACACAGUCCGGCCGGAAACGCGUACCACCAAGGACAGCCUAGUAAUAUAGUCUCCCCUGCGCCGACUAGUAAUCCUGGUGUGGUCAGGAAUUCGUCCGUUACACCAGAUCCUUUACGCGGGGUACCAAGGUCAGUGCCACAGUCGUCGAACAAUUACAUACCUUCAAUGUACCAACCCACGAUGUCCAGUUUGGCAAGUAAUCAAGUAGGUAAUGUUCAUAAUCUUCAUUCACAUGGACCUUCUCCACCCAGCCAUGGACCACCUGGAAAACCCAGCUGAAGAUAGAUGGAAAAUAAGGAAGAAUAUGCUGCGUCUGAUAGCAGGCGUGAUGACGUGUCAUCGCCGACCGAAACGUGCUACCAUCCUUAAAACACGAACACAGGGAAGUCGUUUGUCCUUCUCGUGCUUCUUUGCUGAUUAGUUCGAUCUCUGACUGGUCUCUGCUCGAUAAAGUGUGAUCAAUUCGAUAGAUUAAUACAUACUAACUAAGGAAAGUUUCUUCUACACAGCGGGAAGAAAAUAUUUGCAUUUAUCGAUACUUGUAAUUCGCGAUUUUAUUGCGUGCGAAUACACGUGUUAUGUAUGUUUCUAUCAUUUCUUGGCGAAUUUUCGAGAGCAGUCUUGCCAGUUCAAACGUUAUGUUAGCUUCACAUACAAACGCGAUAACAGAGGCCUUGCAAAUUCGAACAAAGAGCAAUCUAAAAGUAGAGACACGUUUUUUCUUUGUGUUUUUUCCUUUGAUUGCACGUCAUCGAGCACGUCUGAGACAAUCUUUACAUCAUCAUCAUCAUUCAUCAUUGUCAUCGAUAUCGUAUGAUGAAACAGUAAAUCCGCAGAUGUACAAAUUUUAGACUAUAAGUUAAUCUAUCGCGACGAAUAGCAAUAAUAAUACGAUGUAGGUGUACAUUUUAUAUAAAAAAGGGAAAAAAAGGAAAAUUGCGUAUGAGUCUAGUGGUACGGCAAAGUCACCCAUCUUCUACGAAGACAUCUCAUUUUCGCCAUCUUACAAACGAAAAUUCGGGUUCUCUUUAGCGCACCACUGUUGACGCUUCGCAAAGAUGACUACAUCUUUAAUAUUAAAUUUGUAAAUGUCUCGCAAUUGAUCCGUCUCACGGCUGGAACCGAUGUAAAUUCUAAUCUUAUACAUGUAAAAUUAUAUACUUAGAUAUAUGUAACUCGAGCACUGCCUUCCAUCAAUGAAAAUGGCCGUGAAACGGAUCGAAUAGUUAUAAUUCUUUAUAGUAUGAUGGUUUUUAAUGGUUUCUUCAGAGCGGAUGAUCGAACUACGACUAUUAAAUGGAAAUUGAGGAAACGGUUAAAGUUAUUUCUAGACAGAAUGUUGCACACGCGCUUCGUUUUCGCAUAAAGAGUUCAUUUGUGAUUGUUUUUUGUUGUACCUUGUCUUUCUCAAUGGCAGCAUACAGUUUACUUCGACUAGACUAUCAAGAAUAUUGACCUUUGUCGACCUUUGUCGAUAGGAGACGCAUAAUCAAAAAAAAAAAAAAAAAAAAAAAAAUCAUUGUUAAAUAAUUGAACUAUGAAAAAUUUCAUGAAAAGAUAUUUGCUCAGUAUAAGAGCUGCAUUUGUAUGAAUGAUAUUCGAUUCGUUGAGAAUAAGGAAAUGAUUAUAAUGGGGAGACUAAUUUUCUGUCUCUCGGUUCACCAAAAUAAAAAAUUAAUAAGUGAAUUGAUAAAAUAGUAGCAUUGCUAGUAAUGAAACAAUCUGUCUUUCCGUUUGAAAAGAAUAUCUGUUUUAAUGUUAAUAUAGAUUCAUGAAUUUCUUUUUCGUUCUUAAUUAAUGCCUAGCUAGUAAGGAUUUGUAUACUAAUGUUUUUUGUUCUGUCAUAGGAAAUGAGAUUUUGUAGCGUAAAACGUUACCAUGUUGUGUUCUUGAUCGGAAAGUAUUAUUUUUGCGGAAAGACGAUUCUCGAUGAGGAAAGAUAGACAAGUGAUUUUAAAGGGAACCGAGAGGAACCUUUAGGCUUAAAUUGUACGAUAAACGCGUUGAUAAUACGAUUUAGUGAUAGAUCAUGAGGACACCAAGCGUUCAAAAUAGCACGCAAUCACUCAGGGAAAAUCGAUUUAAAAUAAAAUUCUGUCGAGUUUUCUUCGUGUACCUCGAUUGUAUGCAGCAUAGAACACUAUAUCACUGAAGAUUUUUAUGCAUUCAUGCAAUUCAAAUUUAUAGAUGCAAAAAUAUAUAAAAUAUUUAUAUUAGAUUAAACAAACUUCUGCCUAAGUUCCAAUUUUUUAAUUAUACCUAUUCAUAAAAAUAUAAAUUUGCACUAACAUUCACAGUCUAGUUAUCAUACAUUUUCGAACCUAAACAAGCCUAUUAUACUACAUUCUUCGUUGCCUCAUAGUACUUAAAUACCAAAAAUACUAAAAAAUUAAAUUAAUUAUAAUUUCUCAAGCUUCUUAGAAAUUUCUUUUUAUGUAUAAAUAAAUUAAUAUUUGGAUUUUUUAAGAUGUACGAUAUGGAUAUGGUGUUCUCUGUUGUAAAUGGAAAAAGGAGUAUUAAUGACUGAUGACUUAGUCAAAAGUUCUAAAGGGUUUCCAAAACGUCGGGUGAUCGUCAAAGACAACAAUGCGUUUAUACCGAUGAAGAGUAUUUUAUGCGUUUAUUAUAUUUCAAUGUAGUAUCGCUGUAUGUUUAAGAUAAUAUACGGUACGAUAGAAGGGCGAGAGUGAGGGAGAGAAAGUGAGAGAGAGGCGAGAACAAAGCGUGUAUUAAGUGUGGUGUUGAAACAGAGAGCAGUUAACGAUAAUAUUUUUACACACAGCAGACCGUGCCAAAUUUUUGCAAUCGAAUCAUUGAACUCCCUGUAAACUCGAGCAACGUAUUAGAAAACAAAGUUGUUCGAGAUUUUGGGACUGGAAUCGCCUUGAUGAAACCUUUCCUCGAUCGAAGAUGAUAAAAAGAAACAAACGUAAAUUGAACAUAACGUCGCUCCCUAAUUUCGACAUUUCCAUGCUCUCGUUUAAUUUUGUGUUCACUUUUCAAUUAUUCGUGUACAAAUAAAUUAUUGUGUUCCUAAAUCCAAUGUGGAUCGACUGUCGGAGAUUUUUGUCGCUUGAAAAUUUUACUUUAAUUUGACCAAAGUCUUCUUUAAUUCUGGGCCGCAAUUGGAUUUAUACAGAAUAGACAAGAAAAAAGAAAAUUGUUUUUGCGCUCAGAGUCACUGAAACCUUUUGGACGAACAUUGUACGUUUUGAUAAAGAUGUUUCUCCGAUAAAUUUUGUAUAAACCCAAUGUGGCUCUGUCCAUUAGGAUUUUCUAUUCGCUUGUAGUUUAAUUGUAACUUAAAUGUUUGGUACGUAUAUACUUAUGUGCGCAAGAGUUGAUGCGUUUAGGCUAAAUGUAUCACUAGAUUCGUUGAUAUUAAGAACUUAUUACGCUCACGAUGAUGUUCUCGAACAAAUUAAUUGUUCUAAAAAACGAAUCAGCGAGAAACAAAUGAGCAAAAAUCUAUUUAUUCGAACGAUAAAUUGGAGGCUGCUCGAGUACAGUGGAAAUGGAAUACACAAGAUCCAUUGGUCCCGCGUACGAGACUUUUGUUUGCCAAGAAACUGGCGUUAGGAAACAUUCAGGCAUUUGUAAAUCAUGAAACCACAAUGUCCAGGCGGCAGCAAUGCUUUGAUUGGCCGAAAUAUUGGCACAGAUCGUAUCCGUAGCAUUUUGAUACUCGUGAUCUCUUCGCUAAGAGUCACUGUUGGACAGUUAAAAAAGAAUUAAAAAAGAAAAAAAAAAAAUAAGUGUGCAAGUGAACCAAUCUUGGCGCCGUUUGUGAAGCGUGUUUUCAUUUUUCUACGAGAGUUAGCUGAUAUCCCUCCCAAUCUCUGGACGAGCGAACAGAAACAAGCAACUCAUAUUGUAACAUAAUUCUACUUGAAGAGAAAGAGAAAAGAAACUGGAAAAUGGAAAGGAGACAAACACUUAUCUGUCUCGAUGCACUUGUUGGUUUUCCCAAGAAAAAGUUAAAUAUAAAACGUACUGUGUGCUAGAUAUUGUAAAAAGGUCAAGUGUCGAACACGGCCACGUUCUUGGGACAGCUGGCAAUUUGUAGAAAGCGGUAGCUUUAUGUAAAAAGAUAAAAAAAAAGGGUGUAAUCACGAGGACACUUCAAAGGCUGCCGCGUCCUCCGGUAGUCUUUUGUAUAUUUUCAAGUGAGAAACAAACAUGAGCAGCUAAAAAUCCGGGGCUGCUCCGUGGCUAGCUACCUUUAAACUGUCCUCUACUACGUACGUUUAUUAUUGUACCCGUGUAAGGAUAUAAAGGAAGGAGCAUACCGAUCGAAAUGCCAUAUGUGUUUCCACACAGGGGAAAAAAAACUGAAUUUUCUAACGUGAGAAAAGGCUGAUUGUUUUUUUAACGCGUUUAGUGUAACGAUUCAUCGAAAUCUUGUCCAUUUCCUAGGGGCAUCCUGAGUUUAACACUGUCAAUGCUCUAUUUCGAUUACUUUGUUUUAUGCGCUGCUUAAUCAACGAAUUCUAUUUUUAGCUUUUAAUUUAUUAGAACUUUUAUCUUUAUAUGUUCUUUGGUUCCAGAUCUAUGAUUUUCAGUACUAAAGGAAUCGUUGUUUUAUUGUUAUUAUUAUUAUUAAAACUCUCAGAAUGUGUUAGAAGUAUCUUGAAAGAAACAUUUGAAAUAAAUGUAAGUAUUCGGAUGUUCAAUUAUAUCUAAUAAAUUCUCAAUAAUCUGUAUGUGAAAGCUAUGUAUAUGUUUUUUUAAGUUUGUCAUUUUAAAUUGGACAAAGUAUGGUAAUACUGCGAAGAGCACCUGUGUCGAACAGUGAGAAGAGCCACUGGCUUAAAUUCAGGAGAACCAUCGCCAACGAGACUAGGCUCUCUGCCUCGAAUUGGAUGCCUAGAAAGUUUCACUUUUAUAUGUACAUCUGCUAAGAUUUUACACUGUCGAAUCUAGAGGAUUGAAGGCCUUGCUCAGGCGCAAGGGAUGGACGAGAGCUCACAAAAGGAGUUAACCCGACUAAAGACGACGCUUCUGACAACAAUGCUGUAUUAUCAUACGCUCAAAUCUUUCUCUCUCUCUCUCUCUAUUUUUUGUUCAUCUAUUAAAAAAGUUAAAACUGAAAGUUUUGUUUGUCAUUGGUGCACACGAUUCAUUUAGAAGCGUCGUCACGGAGUCGCGUGGAUCGGUUCCGAAUCCAGGGAUGUAAAUCACUGUGCGAUACGAUUUUGUAAUGUAACUGUGCAUACGGAAGCAUGUAAUAAAAGAAGAGUAAACGACGA